GUAAUUAAUUUUUUUUUUUAAAAUUUGCUAAUUCUAAUAUAAUAUGUCUCAAUUGUCUACACAAUAAUAAUAAAUAAAGUCAAUAUAGAAAUUUAUUCAAUGUAAAAUACAGUAACUAAUAAUAAUAAAAAAGAAAGAAAGUUAAAUAUGAUGUAUAAAUAUGAUUCGAUUUGAUUUAUUGCCAGAACCCCUGAAGAAAAAUUCUCCGAUUCAAACCCUAGGGUUUGGGAUUUCGCAUCGAAAUUUUUGCAAGGGCUAAUCAUGUACAACGGGACGGGGUUACAGACACCUCGUGGUUCCGGCACCACCGGCCACGUGCAGUCCAACAGAUUCUCCGUGAGGCCGCCGGCGAACAAUUCCGGCGCCGACCCGACUAAGGGCUUAGUAACCGCCGGAAAACCCAAUAAGGAGAUUUUGGAGCACGAUCGCAAACGUCAGAUUCAACUCAAGCUUCUUGUGCUGGAGGAGAAACUGAUCGAUCAGGGAUAUUCCGAUGCCGAGAUCGCGGCCAAGCUCGACGAGGCGAAGGAACACGAAGACUCUGCGAGUAAUGCACUUCUUAUUUCUGGAAAGUUUUCGGCCCACGAGAAAGCUGCGUUGAAGGAAAGGCAGAUGGAAACACUAAAAUCUGCUCUUGGAAUCGACGAGCCCUCAGAUACGUGUUUAUGAUCUUUCCUUUUACUAUCGAGCAGCAGAUUUAGACAAGUGAAUCUUCAUAUUCUGUUCAAGAAAGUUUAUAAAUUUUGACAUAGAUCAAGAAGUAUCAACCAAAAUUCUCCGUGUAGUUAGUUUUUUUUUUGGUGAUCAGCAAAUUUUGCUUGUAAAUUAAUACAGUCGAGACUAGGGAAAUUCUAUUAAUUUAGCGAAUUGUUAAAUUAUCGAGUUAAUAAUUAAACACGUUUUCACUGAGUCGGGACCGAGAGAAACUAUUAUUUAAUCGAGGUCAUUAGUUUAUCGAGGUUCUACUGUAGUAGUUUGUGUUAGACAAACUAGUUAGGAUCAUCCAACAAGUAUUUGAUGCAUACCGAAACCUGAA